GGAGAUAUGCAGGUGCAGGCUCUCGUUGUCAUCGAUCUGGCGUUAAUGCUUCUGCUUAAUGGACAAGGUUAUGGGGACUUGACUAGAAAUUAUGAUGGCUACCGCUAUAGGGCGGUUAUAGGGGACUACAACUACGAUCAGGCCGAAGGAAUGUGCCGUCAUUAUGGUGGACAUCUUGCACAUAGCAAAAGCUCCAGACAGCGAAACUUCUUGGAAAACCUGGCGAGGGAUGCUGGUCGAAAUGACUAUUGGAUUGGCCUCACCGAUAGACAGACUGAAAAUACUUGGAGAUGGUCGGAUGGAUCUAGACUAAGCUACAGUUACUGGCAUCCGGGACAGCCAGAUAACCAUAACGGAGAGGACUGUGUGGAGAUGGACUCUGACGAUUUUGACUUCCGUUGGAAUGAUCUGGAUUGCCAGCAUGAUUACGAGGCUGCACUAUGUCAAACCGACAUCAACGAAUGCUCCAGUAACAACGGAGGCUGCGCACACAACUGUGUGAAUACUGACGGGAGUUACUACUGUACCUGUCGGACUGGGUACCAACUGUCUGGGUCAAGAAACUGCGUUGACAAAAACGAGUGUUCCAGUAACAACGGCGGCUGUGAUCACAACUGUGAGAACACGGGUGGCAGCUACACCUGUUCCUGUCGAGACGGAUAUCAGCUGUCAGGGUCACGGCAAUGUGUUGAGAUCAACGAAUGUUCAAGUAACCCCUGUCGUAAUGGCGGAACCUGUCAGGAUCUGAUUAACGAGUACAGAUGUGACUGCAGCUCUGAAUGGACUGGGGUCAACUGCGAAACAGAUGUGGAUGAGUGCAUUAUCAAUGGCGGACAGGGUCCGUGUGACCCUAACCAUGGCAUCUGCCGUAAUUUGCCAGGAAGCUACCGUUGCUGGUGCCAGGUUGGAUUUGAGAUCAAGGAAGACCACCACGGGUGCAAAGACGUUGAUGAGUGCGAGGACGGAACAGGCCCCUGUGAUCACACAUGUAUAGACAUGUUGGGGAGUUUCCGCUGCUCUUGUAGAGACGGAUAUGACCUGGGCUCUGAUGGCUUCUCAUGUGUGGAUGCAGACAAUUGCAGAUCCAACCCUUGUGAGAAUGGAGGGAUCUGCCUUAAUGGAAAUGGAAACUACACUUGUCAAUGCCCAAGUGGAUUCAAAGGAGACACAUGUGAAUUCGCUCCUUGCAGCGAGGACUAUGAGCCACCUGAGCACGGCUCGGCCACUUGUGCUGAUGUUUCCACCGGCGGUCGAUUCUGCACUGUGGCCUGUAACGCCCGACACGACUUCGCCUGUAGACCUGCGGAUGGUUACAAAUGUGACGCGGAAGGCCAGUGGCACCAGGUCGGCAAUCCAAACUGUGACGCUGCCGAUCUACCUGAAGAUGCACCAUGGCCGGACUGUUCGAAAAUGCGAUUGGCUUGGGCAAGUCAGAUGCAGAACACAAUGGGGUUCUACUACAACGGGGACUGCCAAAGCAACGUUGCUGGGAUCCAGCAGAUGUUUGAAGGCCUUCUCAACGACAAUAUCGAUUUCGCAAGCUCGGGAGAUGGAACCUGCACCGUUGAGAACAUCAACGUUGAGUGCGGGACCGGGAACGCCCGGUCUGCCCCAGGUUUCGACGUGCAGUUUGACAUCGUCGCCACCAGUACCUCACCACCUGAACAGAUCACUACUGGGGAUCAAACCAACCUGAUAUAUGUCCUUGCAGACGUUUCUUUCCAAAUUCAAGAAAAAAUUUCGACUGGAUCGUUACGCUUGGAAAUUGACGGCUCGGUGGCAGAAGGAACGUCAUACGCGAUGGUAGCUCCCCCAACAUUUCAGACCGACUGUGAGGAUGGGCAGAUGACCGUGAUAGAAACCUUCUCAGCCUAUUGCCUUGACUGCCCAAGAGGGACCCACAAGCCUGCAAACGGCACCUCCUGUGUGAAGUGUGACUACCAGGAAUACCAGGACGAGGAGGGACAGUCUUCCUGUAAACCCUGUCCGGCUGGAACUAACGCUGUCUUCAGGGGGGCUAAGGACAUCACGGACUGUACAGCACAAUGUGUCGGUGAUGAAGCACCAUGUUCCGACUGUGAUCUUGUUCGAGGGAGUUUCCACUGCAAGUGCUCUGCAGGCUGGGCAGGCUCGAGUGACGGUCUGGUCUGUGGACGUGAUGACGACUUGGACAGCUUUCCCGACGUCCCUAUAACAUGUGGGAACGAGACAUGUAUCAUUGACAACUGCCCUGGAAUCCACAACCCUGACCAACUGGACAUGGACAGAGAUGGGAAAGGAGACGUCUGUGACGAGGACAUAGACGGUGAUGGAGUCUUGAAUGACAAGGAUAACUGCCCGCUGGUUCCCAACCCUGACCAGAUCGACUCGGACGGUGAUGGAGUUGGCAGCAUGUGUGACAACUGUGUCUCCACCCCUAACCCUGACCAGGCUAACAGUGACGACACUGAAGGUGGGGAUGCCUGUGAGGCAGCACUGCAUGAAGAAAUCGCCAAGCUGUGUGAGAAUGAGCCUGAUGGAACCUACCUGCCCCAUCCCCGUGACUGCUCCGGCUACAUCCAGUGUCACCAGGCGGGACAUGACGCUGUGUUCAGCUGUCCUCCGGGCACUCGCUGGAGCCAGGAGCUGCAAACUUGUGCCAGGGCGGAUACGGUCACUUGUGACUAGAAAUGACGAACCAAACAAGACGGACCAGUCAGAACGGACCAACGAGACAUGCAUUUUUAGCAAAUCUUUCUGCAUUUAGUCUAGUACAAAGACGCAACGCUUUA